AUGUGGAGUAUCUAUCUAUCUAUCUAUCUAUCUAUCUAUCUAUCUAUCUAUCUAUCUAUCUAUCUAGCGCAAUCUCUUCAUUAUCUAUCUAUUUAUCUAUCUAUCUAUCUCUCUAUAUCAGUUUGUUCAUAUGAUUCUAUCUCACACUUUUCAUAUCCGUCUUUGCUCCCUUUAUUCUAUAUUUCCUUUCCUUCAUUUUUUUAUUCGUUAUAUUUCCGGUUAUUCGUAACUUUUCUUUCAAAUGAUUCAUUCUUCAAGGUCUUAUUCCUAAUAACUCUCUUUCAUUCUUUAUUAUAUUUUCCCUUUCCUUCAUUUUUUCAUUCAUUCUCUUUGCUUUUAUUCGUAACUUUUCCUUUAAAUGAUUCAUUCUUGAAUAUCUUUUUUCCUAAUAACUCUCUUUCAUUCUUUAUUCAGUUUUCCCUUUCUUUCAUUUUUUUAUUCGUCUUAUUCCUAAUAACUCUCUGUUAUUCUUUAUUCUAUUUUCUCUUUCUUUCAUUUUUUCAUUCGUUCUCUUUCUGGUUAUUCGUAACUUUUCCUUUAAAUGAUUCAUUCUUGCAUGUCUUAUUCCUAAUAACUCUCUUUCAUUCUUUAUUCUGUUUUCUCCUUCUUUCAUUUUUUUAUUCGUUCUCUUUCUCUUAUGCGUUUACUUUUCCUUUAAAUGAUUUAUUCUUGAAACACUUAUUCCUACAAUUUCUCUUUUCUUCUUUCUUCUCUUCCUCUUUUCUUUCUUUAUUUCCUGUUAUGUUUUUCUCUGACUUUCCAUUUCUUUUUUCAUUCAUUCUUCCAGCACUUCUUCCUGAUAUUUUCCUUCUUUUUCUUCUGUUUAUCUUUUUUUUUUCCUUUCAUCCAUUUCUGAAUUUCCUUCUUCUUAUUCUUUUUGUAUAA